CGAUUGCGUACGAACUGUUGAUUACGAUGUAUUAUGAAGAUCUUUUAUUCAAUCAAUCGGUUCAAUCAAUAACGCAAUUGUAGUUCGAAUGAGGUAUAACAAUUAAUUAACUUUGAAUCCGGUUUUCACCUAACCUGAAACCGAAUGCAUUUCUACUUUAUUUUCAGAAAAAGGUGAUCACAAUGGAUUUUGAGAUUGUAAAAUGUAUUCUACAGAAUGGCGGUGCAGAUAUAUCAAAUAUCGACUUGGAAAACUGUGCAAGUGAAAUAAGAGAUGACAAACUUGAAUCAAGAAAUCCAGCCUUAAUAUCUGCCCUUGCUAAAUCUUUUACCACCUCAUUACAGUAUAGGGUAUCGCCUGCUGCUCACCAACGCUACUUAGUUCGCACUAAUCUCAUCGAACAGUUACGCGAUUGGUCACGGAUCACAAGCCGUUAUGCAGGCCUGCACACAUUCACGGAUGGUGAAAAAACUGCAGAAUUUACCAUGCAUUUGGUCAAGAGAUACCUCACUGAAGAGUUUCUUGUGAAACAAACAACAGUCAAUGUUUUAAUCAAAUUAGGCUUUGCUUUGAUAGAUAUAAAAUUAAAAUAUCCAACAUUUGAUUAUAAAUUGGACAAAAUAAUCAACAAAAUCUUACAGUUGAGUAAAACUCCUGACAGUAACAAAUUUCUUGACAUUAUAAUUGACAAGUACAAGGAUCUUUCCCUCGAAUGGGUAUCUAUAGAAAAUAUAUACAUUCACAAAGCCGAGGAGCUGAUUGAAAUACCAAUUGUAAAUCUCUUCAUUAUAUUCCACGAAAAUCGAGUAACUGAGAAACCUGAUUUAAAAUCCAUCCAAAGUUACAUCGAUCCCUCUGCGGAAAAUUGCUUGCAUCCUACCGAAAAAUUAUUACAAUAUAGCUCCAAAUCCCCACGCAUAUUCCAGCUACUGUCGAGUGUUUUGAGAGAAAUACUCUCCUAUACAAAUUGCUCUAUGAUUGUUUUGGAUUACAUACAAUUCAUCCUUGAGCACAUAAGUACACUUUGUCAACAGCAAAACAAACACAUUUUAGAUCUGUAUCCAAGAAAAUUACAGUAUAUUAUAAUUCUACUCAGAAUAGAGCCCGAAUUACAUACCGAUAGAACUCGCGAUUAUUUGCUUCAAACGGUUACGAGUACUUAUCAUUCGAACCGAACAGAAAUUGCGAUUUUGCUCAGUCACUUCCCUAAAUGGAUAAAAAAAAUCACAGACCACAUCUCGCUCAGCAAUGAUCCGUUUUUCAGGUGACACUAGUAUCAGUCCUGCUUGGCAUGAAUCAGGCAUGUAAAUUGGCGAAAAAUUGUCUAUGAUCAAAUAUGAAGUUGGAUUUCAAAUAAAUAUUUGUUCAACUGAUAGCUAGUUCUCGUAUAUCAUGUUCAUAUCAAAUAUUUCUAAUCGAUAUUAAUAGUGCUUCAUACUAAAAAUAUAAUAAGUAAACCAAAAGGUCCGAAGAGCCGUUGCCAUGUAGAAGAUAAUUGUGCAGAUAUGUAAUACAAUUUUUUUGUGAAAUAUAUAAUUGAAAGUA